GCCAUGGUUUCGUGGCUGUAGAUUGAUCAGACGAAGUCGUACUGUCUGUCAAAGUCCACAGCAUGCUAUGAACCACCUUGACCUGCGGAAUCUGGACUUCUCGCGCAUAACCACGACACCUUGCUUCAUCGCCACGUGACACUGCUGGCAGAACGGCCAUGGAGGAAUUUUCCAGGCUGUGCUGCCUUAUCGUCGAAGAUGUCUAUGGCGACUUCCUUGCUCAAAUCUUCCAGCAACUCAUUCAACUUGGACGUCUUUCGUCAACCCAAGUGGCCCAGAAAUGUCGACUGCCAUUGCGCCAAGUCAAGACAGGACUGGCAACCCUGAUUCAGCUUCGUCUUGUAUACCAUCAUACCAGCCCAGAUGGUCUUUCGACGUAUCAAGCCAACACAAACAAUGCAUACAAUCUUAUGCGCACAGGAAAGUUGGCCGCGAUUGCCCAGCGUCACUUUGGCACAUUCGCCGCUAUUGUUGUAGAGCAUCUCUCAACUCUUGGAUUCGCCACGGCAGAAGAGCUCGAGGACACUAUCUGCGCCGACAAAGACUUCAAGACAUUCGAAGACCAUGGGCCACAGACGAACGGAAGCUCGGGUAACCAAAGAACACAUGAUCUUGAUUCCACUCGCAGCCGUUUUAGAAAGGUGCUCAGAUCCUUGAUCGACGAAAAAUACAUUGUCGGUGUUCGUGACGCUCAUUUUCAAUCACUUUUUGAUGCUCGUCGAGAACUUGAGCGUCAUCUUGAAAGCAGAGGCUUGCUUCCAUCCAGUAAAACAAAGAAAUCUCAACCAGUCGUUGAUGACAAGAUCAAUGUCGACCUGGAGCAACUCCUCGACCCUGCCAUAUCCGCAUCGGCCAUUCUCCACGAGCUUCAGUCAAGUCGGCAACAGGGGGCCAAAACUCUGCUCUGUGUUGACUACUCGAAUGUUGUCUCUUCGGUUCGCAAUGAGAGAAUAGCUUCGACAGCAGGAAGAAUCUUCGGCAAAACCCCUUCCCACAUCGCGAAAGCAGCUUGUGCACAGGUCGAGCUCAGCUCAAGCCCGUUCAAGGUGCGACCAGUCGAUGAUAGAAACGACGCCAUACAGCGCCUAGAUGUCUCCUUGAUUGACGUUCAUCUAUCGGGAUUGUCGAACGGCUCCGCCGACCUAGAAACCGAACAGGGCUCCUCCUACAACAGCCACCUUGUGAACGGUCACUAUCAUUCUAGACCUAAUGGCACCAGACAUGACCCAUUCAUCGACCAACAGUUAGGAAUCCUUGCGGAAGGUCCAUUUCCUUUUAUCACACAAGACGUCGGUGGCUCUUGGCUGGUAAAUAAGAAGGAGCUUGGUGAUCUUCUGCGCGAAGAAGAGUUGAUGCGCUUGAUGGGCGAAAGAGUAGAUCCACCGGCCCUGAGGAUUGUCCGCAUGCUCCAUGAUAAGGGUAAGCUCGACGAAAAGACUCUCCAGGAACUUGGGUUGUUAGGCGCCAAAGACCUUCGACAAUGUUUGUCACAGCUCCAAGUGAUGGGAUUCCUCGAAUUGCAGGAAGUUCCAAGAGAUCCACAGCGGCAACCAAACCGGACACUUUUUCUUUGGUUCUACGAUGCUGAGCGUGUUCGGAAAGUCUUGUUGGGAAAAAUAUACAAGACCAUGGCAAGACACUAUCAACGUAUGCAUCUAGAACGAGAAAAACUUGCCUCUACCUUGAGCAAGGUUGAGCGUACCGAUGUGGAAGGGAAUGUACAAGAUCUACUCCCAGAGGCAGAACUUGAGCUUCUGUAUACAUGGCAGCAGAAGGAAGCGUGGUUUAUUACCGAGCUUAAUCGUAUGGACGACUCGGUCGCCAUUCUACGGGACCUCUAAUUGAAGAGGUCAAAUUUCUUUGCGGCCUUGAACAUCAUUGCAUAUUAGCGGCAUGGUAGCAAGCGUGGCUUGACUGGGCAUCUACGAAACGAUUGGGAUCUUUUGUUUUUCUAAACGAUGCUUGCAGAGGUUGCACAUGUACUUGCUCACUUUACAAGUCCUAAUGGCCAAAACCAG